AUGAAUGAAUAUAACAACCUUUUGGAUUCUGUCAUGACUCAUCAAGAACGCCCUGAGCCGGAAGAGUCGCAGAUACAGAGUGUUAGAAAUCGGGUGGAUGGUAAAAGGCCGGUUUACUCCGAAAUCACGUUUCUUGUUGAUUGGAGUGAUCUUAAGCGCGCUAGACCCACGAUCGAAAAGGGGGGUCUUGAGAAUAUGCUCGCACGUUACUCUACUUGGCCGUGUUUCCAUGCGAUAUACGAGGAUACAUCCGCAAGAUCCAGCGAUCCACGAUGGCUGAGAUUAGACAACUGUGCGAUUGCAGCUUGGGGUACGCGAGAACCUGGACUUCACGUUUGA